UAUCAAAAUCCAUACUGUAUUUAAUUUUUACGAACAAAAACAUGGCAGCCUCCAUGAACAGAAAAAGUUCGAAAAUAUUCUACAAUAUUGCUGUAAAUCAUUCAUUGACAAACAAGAGAACAUUUUUAAAGAAAGGAAUACCAGUGCCUUCAGAAUAUCUAUACCUGGAUGAUCCUAAAAACAAGGUUAACGCUCAUGAACUGUUCAAGGGGAAGAGAGGUGUGCUUUUUUCUGUGCUAGGAGCAUUUACCCCAGGAUGUCAGAACCACAUUCCAGAAUACCUGGACAACCAUGAAAAGUUUAAAGCUGAAGGUUUUGAUGUGAUUGCUUGUGUUGCUGUAAAUGACCCUUUUGUAAUGUCGGCAUGGGCACGGUCUCUAAAUACAAAUAAUAAGGUACUGAUGCUUGCAGACACACAUGGGUUGUUUACAAAGGCUAUGAAGAUGGACCUUGAUUGUCGACACAUCAUGGGCACUAUCCGAUCUAAACGGUACUCAGUUGUGAUAGAAGACAGUGUAAUCAAAGGGUUUAACAUGGAGCCUGAUCAUGGGGGACUGGCCUGCCUUCUGUGUAUAAAAAACAUGAAGACUUUCAAGAGGUGAAAUGGUGUAGACAAACAAUCUCACAGACUUGUACAGUGGUCAUCGGGGUCAUCAGGAAUGGUCAGUGACCUUGAGCAUGAACCUGGAUCAUUUCCAAGCUUGUUUCACCAUGCCAUCGCAUGAAGACUCAGGACAGAAGUGGUGCAUAAUAUGCCAUUAAGUCUAAACACAAGUUGAUAUUAUAUUAAGUGAUCUUAAAGCUCAUCCUUUUUUAUUUAUGAUUUUCUAAUUUUUCCAUAAUGGAAUUGUUGUCAGUGCUCAUCAAACAUAUAAUUGGGGUUAUAAAGGGUGUUAUAAGCAGUUUUAAUGUAUCAUAUAUUUACUGGCAUUCAUAUUCAGUGUAUGCCUUUUACUGUUUUCAAUUUGUUUGCUUGUGUUUUAUAAUUCAGUGUGAUUUAUGUACAUUUAUCAAGUUGGUAGAAUGUAAACUUGAUUAAAAUAGACCUGACAAUGUGCCAUAUUGUUUUUGCAGUUGUAUCUUGUUUUUUUUUAAAUUAAGCAGAAAGUUUGAUCUCAUUGCUGUUAAGUUUAUUGAAACGUUUGAAAUCUUCACUUCUGAAUGUUUUAGUCCAAAAUAUAAAAAUAUUUGUUAGUGAUUUCCUUAUAUGAUACUGUUCUUCAUUAAUGGCUUAUAGUUUCAUUGGUUUUCACAUUAGUGAAAGACUGUUCUAUGAGCAGCAUAAUUCUAACAAAAAAAUUAUCAAAAAUGUCAAAAAUAAUGUAUUUUCAAUAUGUUUUAAUUUGUUCAAAAUUUUUAGUAAUUGUCAUUGGCAUACUUUUUUCUUAAUAAUUUAUGACCAUGAUUUUACUCGUGUUGCCUGAGCAUUCAAAGCUUUCGUUCAAACUAAAUUUUAAAAUCAAAGUUAAUGUUUUAAACAGCACAAUUGCUUAAAAAUACUAAAUUGAUUCAUCAAACUUUAAAGUAAUAAGCUAGUUGGAAUAUUGAUGUGUUAAAUAUGCGUAAUUUUAAUAAUGUACUUGUAUUAUGUCCUCAUUUGUGUGACAUCAAACUUCGUAUACAAAAGCACAUCACCCUAGACUUGCAAACACUUUCCUUUAUUAAUUUAAGAGAUAUCAUCAUGAAUUUUUCAGUAUUGCUUCCUGAAAUGUAGGUCCAAAUGCCCAAAAUCAUGCGAUGCAGAUCAUAAAUAGAUUUAAAUUGUUAUUGUUUUUAGUAACCAGUAAUAAGUAAUCAGUAUUUUGUGAAUUGAGUUUUGAUUGAGCUGAAUAUGUUUUAACAAUUUUCUGUCCAAAUGACGUUGGUCCUAUCUCUUUAUUAUCAUUAAUUAUUUAAAAAAAAUUUUUUUUUUGCUUCACUAAGAUUGUGCAAAUAUUAUUACAGUAUAUUGAUAGAGAAAUGCAGUAUUCAAAACGUUGGAAGUGACAAUCAUAUUUAAAAUCAAUACAUACACAUGUAUAACAAGCAUAAUUUUUGAGUGAUAAACCUUUGACUUUUUAUUAAAGAAUGCAUUAAUGGAAAGUAUUCAUUACUGAUAACCAGAUUGUAACUGUGUAUUUUAUGGCUGAAAACUCACAAAUUUUAAUGAUUGGUGAGUGCUAAAAGAUUAACAGUAGUAAACUAUGGUCUAAAAAAUUAAGCAAGGUUUCCUUCAUUGUUUUUGAUAUUUAUCUAUUAAAUAAUUGUAUUAAUUGAGGUAAAUCUUAUUUGGGAGUAAGAGUGCAAUUUUAACGGGAAGACUAGAAGUGUUUUGAGCUCAUGAUGCAAAAAGUUUUACUAUUUGUGUAAAUUUAAAGAAGAAUUAAGCUGUAUUCAAACCAUUUUGUCACUGAUAUAUGUCACCGUUUUACUCAACAGUUCAACCUUGUGUAAUGUAGAAUUCCAGUCAAUGUGAUUUUUAAUUUCAGAAAUUUUCUGUGCUUUGGAUAUCGUUGGUUGGUUGUUAUUACUUUGUUUGGGCCUAGUGUCAUUGUCAAAUUAUACUUUUUUUUAUUUUUUCUGAUUGUAAAAUUGGAACACAUAGAAGAAGUCGAUAAAUUUGAUAUAAAGUCUUGUAACAAGUUCUUAGGGGUUGUUAUAUGCACACAUGAUUGUUUGAUAUUUAUAAAAUAAAUGCCUUAUGCUGUACAGCAUUUUCUCCACACCGAUGUAACUAGAGCAGUAGGUCAUUUCCCUUUUAACCGGGUAAAAUACGUAUAUACAUAUUAAAAAGAAUUCACUAUCAGUAAGGAUUACAUACAAUGUAGGAUUACAUAGCUGUGGGUUAUAUCUGUCAUGAUGGAUGAUACUGUAUGGACAACUGAUUAAUAACAACGGUUUUGCUAGUGCAUAAUUAAAUAAAAUUCAUAUGCAUACAUGUAUGAAUGAUGAUUGUUGACCUGUUGGAAUCUGGGAGUAAGAUUGUAUUAUUGGUCCCAGUUGGAAUCUGGGAGUAAGAUUGUACUAUUGGUCCCAGUUGGAAUCUGGGAGUAAGAUUGUACUAUUGGUCCCAGUUGGAAUCUGGGAGUAAGAUUGUACUAUUGGUCCCAGUUGGAAUCUGGGAGUAAGAUUGUACUAUUGGUCCCAGUUGGAAUCUAAAACGAAACGUAUGUCUUUGUUAACAAAGGUGUCCUUUUUUUAAACUUGACUGUUGCUAGCAGAGAUAGAAAUGCUUGUUUUAAAUGAAGGAGUUGAUGUUUGAUACAUUCAAAAUAAACUGAAAUGCAGUUAAAUUA